AUGGGUCUCCAGUCAGACAUGUCCAGAGGCGCCUUUGACCCUAUUAUUCACCCUCGACCGGAUGGCCUCCAACUAAGCUACCAGUUCCCUCACCGUAUAUACGACUCGAAAGUUUAUCCAGUACAGAGCCCCAACGGGUCCACGGUGAUAAUAUAUGGGCAUGACUUUGGCAUAAGAAUACUCUGGCGAGGCGGCAAAAACUUCAAAAAAGAGAACCCCCAGCAAAAUGGCUGGGCUGAGAAAGGCGCCGUGAAUGGCGUCGAGAGUAGCGACUCCAUCAUGAUAAUCGAUUCGGACGAUGAGGAACCUCCUUCUCCACCGCAACCAGAAAUUGCACUUCCGGUGUUCGAAGACAAUGAAGAAGAAAUUGAUCCGUCACGGCCAUUUGAGAAUAUUAUUCAGUAUCUUGAUGUUAAGCUGGGAACGAAAGUUUUGGGGGUUGCGGUACCUAGCAUUCUCCCCGGUGCAGCACAGUUCCUCAACUCGAUUUCGCCCAUUCUAUCGAGCAUGAUAGUAGUAACAGUCGUCUGUAAUGACUCUUCGGCACGCGUUGUUACUGUUCCACUUACGCCGCCUCCUCUCGGUGUUGCGGGUGCUGAAUACUGGAAGCCACAUAUUGUCAGUCUUGGUGAGGGUUCUGUUCAAGGCCUUCCAGCUACCACCGCCCUCACAUUUACGUGUCAAAGGCCAAAAGAUGAAGAUAGCAAUCGACGAUCUCAAAGCCGUGGGCGUGCCAUGAAAGCUGCUUCCGCAUCUGUCGAAAUAUGGGGUAUUCUAAUAGCCAUCCAUACGGCGGACGGGUCAGGGAAACUUUCCAUAUAUCGAGUUCCCUUCACCGGAGAAACCGCGCAAGGAAACCUGUACAAUCUAUCCACUGAACCACAAUUCCCAAUCCGACAACAUUUUCUUAAAUCACCAGCUAGUAGCAUAUCUUUCUCUCCAUGCCAAUACCCAUCAGAUCGUCAUUCACAGCUGCUGUUGUCAUUCACGGAUGGCUCAGUCAAGGUUUAUUCAUGUUUAUCAAGGCCACAAUCACCCACUCUCGAUAGAAAGCGCCCAGGGAUCAGUACGGAAAUGAAUGAUACUAGAGGAAGAUGGCUUAUCACCUUGUAUACCGAAUUUGAUCAGCUGCCUGGGGAAGUUCCUCGCCGUAAGUCAAUAGUUGACGCAAAGUGGGCUCUUGGCGGUAAAGGUGUCAUUGCGUUAUUGUCUAAUGGCGAAUGGGGAGUUUGGGAUUUUGAGGGCUCUCACGGCGAGAUAAUCCAGCAAGGCAGAUCACCUAGCUCACUCGAUUCCUUUGCAAUAGCUGGACGCGUUUCGCCGUUGGAACGCACCGCCAGGCCUCAGGGUCACGCUGACCUAUCAGAAUCUAAACCCCCUCAAUUUGCCCCAUUAACGCCAUCUACUCGUCGCAUUCGAGAGGACGCAUUGUUUAAGGGGACGUCAAACAUUACAGCCCAGCACGCAACCAGAGGCGGAAUCUGUAUCGUUCCAUCAAACCAGACAUGGGAUCAGCCUGCGGAUGAAUCAGUGCUAUUAUGGCAUGGAGCACGAAAUACAUAUAUUCCUAGCCUUUUUAGCCUCCGAAACAAAAACAAUAAACAAGGGCUAUUCAGCAAUAAUCAGACUGGUCCACAACCAGCCCUCGUUGAAAAUAUUAAUUUACUUGGUGAAAUCCAAAAGGGAAUACACUUUCUCUCUCUACCCAAAUCGAAUAGCAAGCACGGCCCCAUCCCAACUAUUCUUAUAACCGCAGAACACAGACUCAUCAUCCUUGCGAAAAACCUUCUGGACUCUGCGGAAACUGGGCUGAAGUCGCAGUCGCAGGGUGAGAACUCCGUAGUUGAAGAGAAUGACCAAACCAUGCUUCAACGGGGAGAACUUGACUUGACAGGCAUGGGCCGAGUUUUGGCUGGCAUGACUGUGGGUGGUGAGGCGUCGUUUAAUCGAGGCAUUCAAGGUAGCAGCCUGUUUUCUUGA